GUUUUACGCGGUCUUAAAAAAUUUGUCAGCUGUAGCGCGUUUUGUUCGUGGUCCGUUUGACAUUUUUUCUGUUGCUUAUGAAGGAGAUAAAUGCUCAUGUUGAUGGUGAAUCAUCCUUGAUUUCAGAGAAUAAGCAACAUGGCGACAAUGGUAUCGUAUCACAGGAGUCAUCUAUAGCUCUGACUAUUUUACAUAAUCGUACCAAGUAUAAUCUAACUUUCUCACCAUCUGCAACCAUUGCUGAAGUUAAAAAGACCUUGGAACCUUUAACACAUGUUCCUGUUGAUAUGCAAAAACUCAUCUUCCGUGGAAUGUUAUCAGAUACUGCCAAACUUGAAGAGUUAUCUCUACCUACUAAAGAUGCUAAAUUAAUGCUUAUUGGUACAAAACCUUCUGAAGCAGAGCAAAUUCGCUUAUCUGAAGCAAAUAAUCAUGUCCAAGGGGAUGAUAUGUCGGAUGAAGGUCGAUCAGAUGUAGCAGCAGACUGGUCUGAACAAAAUGAACAUAAACAAGUUUUAGAACGCUAUGGAAAACCAGAAAAUGCAAUGAUCGGAAUACUGAAUACAGAAGAAAUUUUAGAUCCUAAUGAAUGUUUAGUUGGUCUUUGUGAUAAACGUGGACAAGCAUUACGGCUAAGAAUUAAGCCAGACAGUGGAGAGUUAUGGUUGGCAACAAAAGAUGUAACUCAUAAAUUUCCACUAGCUACUAUUCACGAUGUAAUUAGUCAACCUAUUAAAGGUCAUCCUGAAUAUCAUAUAAUGGCUUUCCAACUUGGUCCCACUCCGAAAUCCCGGUAUUUUGUGUACUGGUUGCCUUCUCAGUAUGUGGAGUCUAUUAAAACCAUGGUAUUACAGUAUAAAAUAAUUAAUUCUUUGAGUAAUGCAACAGGCACAAAUAAAUCACUUUAAAUUUGCAUUUUUAAUUGAUUCUCUGUAAUUAAUUAAUUAAUCAUUUUCCAGAUUUCAAAGAUUAAGCCAAGUUAUCAAUUGUCCAAAAUCUUCUCAAAAUGCAUAUUCUCUCAUUUUUUUCUUUCCUUUUAAAAAAAUUAUCAGCCUCUAGAUUCACUUAUUUCCCUUAUCUUAAUGAGGCUUUAUUUUUCAUGCAAUACAGAAUUUCACUUUUGGUUUACCCCUUUUACUGUUGACAACAUAGCAGUGUACUUAUGUGAAUAAAGUCAAUAAAAUUAUGUACAAUGUG